CCUCACUCCCUCGCUUCAAUCGACCCCUGUUCUCGACCGCUUGAUUCCUCAUUGCUGCACGUCCGACUCGCCAGUCUUUGCGCCGCCCUCAUCAUGUCACUCCCCUCCCUCGUGCUCGCACGAGCAUCCCGUCGCCCCUUCCUGGCAACCCGCUCCAUCACCACUUCCCUUCUCACCCCUCCCCGAGCGGCUCCUCGCGCGCCCUUCUCCCCCCACCCCCUCGGUGCAGCCUAUUCGACAGGACCGUCUAGAACAUAUGCUGCCCUUCGUCAGCUGCACAACUCCGCACCAACCGCCCGCGCGCCCGUCCCCAACCCUCAUUCCCCGCUCGUCCCCGGUCGUGGGGCUGGGCCGCAGCCAAAUGGUGGGAGUGGCACGGAUGGCAAGAAGAAGAACACGCAGUACGGGCUAUGGUACGGCGAGUUGUUUCCUGGAGCCAUGGUUCCAAUCUUCCUUCUCGCGACCGCAAUCUUUCUCUCGCUCUCCUUGCUCCGCACGCACUUGAGCAAUAACCGCGCACUCGUUGAGAGCGCCGAGCGAAUCCAGCAGCUUGAAAGCCAGCUCGCAAGGCUGCGUGCCGAGGCAAAGCGCCGCCAGGAGCGUGAACGGAGGGAGCGCGAGCGCAUCUUGCCCAUUGUUGUGGAGCGUGUGCUGCAGCGCGUGGGAGCUAUGAACCCGGAGGAGGAGCUCGAGGUGGAGGAGGACGUGCUGCUGGUGUGAGCGGUGCGUGGUGUUUCGACCCUCUGACCAGGUAUCUUUCGACAGGGCGGCGGAGGACGUGUUUGGCGGUCGUGCAGUGUACUGAAUGUCUAUGACGACUAGAUGCAGCAUGGUGCUUCUGGA